AUGCAUGUAAUAUUUGUAUUUACCUGCAAUGGCAAGAAGCUGUUCUCAAGAAAGCGCGAAUGUUGUUUGGAAAGCUCCAAUUUGGUUCAUGUUAGCUCUGAAGAAUCUGUCGAGUGUGCUAAUAUUAGCCCUAUUCCGUCACUUAAGAAAGUACCGUCUGCCCCAGUUACAAAGAAUCCCUUCUUAAAUGAUUUUGAGCAUUUUCCAGAAUUUCCACAAGCUGGUGAUUAUGACCCUAAUUCAAGCCUGGAUGAGACAAUGUCAAUAGCCACUAACAUAUCUGAUGACGACCAAAGGUUUCUUGUUUUGGAAGCUCCCGAAGAUGACGUUUUUGGCUCUGCAGAUGUUGCUGUAGCUGAAGAAGCAUUGGUCGUUGAUGAACGAAUCAGAAGUGAUCGAAUUCAUCUUACUGAGUUGUCGAAAAAUGUGAAUGUUUUGGAAGCGCUGCUAAGUUCGGCCAAUAUUUUGCUAUCAGUUGUCAAGGGAGCAGCAGUUGCCGAAGGUUUCUCGCUGAAACUAGAAGUAAGUGAGCAUUUCGAGAAAACAAGAAAAGAAAUUUAUUCCACAUCCGGAUGGCAAAGAGAGGUGAAGUUGGCUACACCGACUGCUGACAACGAAGUACUACCAGUGAAGUUCAAAUUCUCGUCUGCUGUAGACAACCGCGCUGCUUCGUUAAGGUUAAGUUUGCAAGGGAUGAACACCAGUCUUAGCGAUGCCAUAAUCGAACAUUUAUCACCAUUUGCACUUGACGAGGAGAAAAUCGCAAAACCGUUUUAUUUAAACGUUAACGUCUCGGACUCGAAUGUUUUGAUAAAGGAUUCUAAAGGUGCUUCGCCAUUACGAGUCAAAGUUAGCGAAGUUGUCAUAGAACAAGGCGAAGAAGUCUUAAGUUGCGACAGCGACGGUUGA